AUGCCGGGCUUCACCUGCUGCGUGCCGGGCUGCUACAACAACUCGCACCGCGACAAGGCGCUGCACUUCUACACCUUCCCCAAGGACGAGGAGCUGCGGCGCCUCUGGCUGAAGAACGUCUCCCGGGCGGGCGUCAGCGGCUGCUUCAGCACCUUCCAGCCCACCACGGGCCACCGCGUCUGCAGCGAGCACUUCCAGGGCGGCCGCAAGUCCUACCUGGUGCGGGUCCCCACCAUCUUCCCGCUGCGCGGCGUCAACGAGCGCAAGGCGCAGCGGGCGGCCCGGCGCCCCCGCCCCGCCGCCGCCGCCUCCGCUGCCGCCGCCUCCGCCGCCGCGCAGGGCCCCGGUGCCGCCGCCGCCGAGGCCCCGGCAGGGGGCGCGGCCGAGGACGUGAAGCCCAUCGACCUGACGGUGCAGGUGGAGCUCGGGGCCGGGGCGACCGCUGGGCCCGGUCCCGGGAGGCUACCGGCGGCGGCGGGGGAGGAGGGCCCGGUGGAGGGCGGCCCCCCGGACCACUCGUACUCGCUGUCGUCGGGCACCACGUCGGAGGAGCUGCUGAGGAAGCUGAACGAGCAGCGCGACAUCAUCGCGCUGCUGGAGGUGAAGAUGAAGGAGAUGAAGGGCAGCAUCCGCCGCCUGCGCCUGGCCGAGGCUCAGCUCCGUGAGGAGAUCCGCGAGAAGGACCGGCUGCUCCACGCCGCCAGCGCCGGGACCCGCAAGCGCCACGGCCUCUGAGGGCCGCCAGGGCCCAGCCUGGCCCAGGGGGAUGCCUGGCACGGCACGGGGCUCUCCGCCCCGGAGCUUCUGCCACCCUCGGUGAGGUGCCCAGGCAGAGCGGAGUUGGGAUGGGCUGCGGCCCCACCGCCCCUGGCUCUCGCUGCCCGGUCCCUCCUGCCCCCGCUGAAGCAGCCCCCAGCCGGGCACGCCCGCGCCAUCGGAUUCCCCUGCCUAGACGGGGCGGUCGCUGUCAACUCAGUGCCGAACCCCGUUAUUGAUCUGACGUUACCCCAGAGCUAGCACUGCGGGCGCCCGCCGGCGUCCCGUCUGCGCCGGGCCCAUCAGCACCCUCUCUGUGCCGGCAAUGGCGGAAAGCGCUUCUUCUAGUGUAGAUGGGACCCGUGUCACCACUAAGUGGACGUAGGGUAUCGGUUUUCAGCAAAUAAACUCGCUCUGUGUGAAGUGAGGUAGCAGCAACACUACCCCCUGGAGAAGGCGUGUCUGAAAGCGCAGUUGGCACCGUACCCUUCAUAGGAACAAACAACGAUGUCAUGUUUGGCCUCGCCUAGCAGAGGCACGAGGAAAGCUUUAGAAACCCUCUCAGGGUGAUGUGUUUCUUCAGUAAAUUACUGAUGCCAUAAAAGACUGCUGUUUCUAGCGUGAAAGAAUCCCCAGAUUAAAAGAGUGCUCUUGUACUAUGUAGUUUUUGCUUUUUCUGCAGUACAUACGUAUUUGUUACAGAUGUCUCGAUGCUCUCAACACUAGUAAGGAUUACGAUCUGGUGCAAAGAACCCUCUGGCAUUUGACGGCUGUAGUUUAUCUCAUUGGCUUAAGAACUCCCUCUAAUGAAACGGAGGCUUUGUAACACGUCGGAAUUUAAAUCCGUGGCUUUCGUUCAGAGAACCAGGCUGAAACAGAAGCAAAGCGAGUUUAUCUGCAGUGGUUGCAAACCCUUGCUGUCUAAUCCUGAACUAGUUGGCAUGACUAAUAAUCUGUACAUUAGGCAAGACCUUCCUGAAACGUGCUUGCGUGUUCUAAACUGAGAUUUAAGAGUAUUGUAACAAAUCUACGUGGAAUGAGUGUGUAGUUUCUGUUUCUAGCCAGCAUUAGUCCCCUCACUUUCAGUGACAGGAAACCAAAUCAACGUUGGCUAGAAAGAUGGUGGAGUGAGGGUAGCAAGGCUGCUAGUCCAGCCUGAAUCUGUACUUCCAGGUUAGCCGGUGGAACAGAUACCUCAGCGCUGAGGAGGAGGAGGGUAUCUGGUCACCUGCAUAGCUCUAUGGCGAUGCGCACUUUGGGGGUACGGCUUCGAUAGCGAUGGAUGUUGAAAACAAAAGGCAGUUCACCACAGUGUGCCCAUAAAUACAUUCGAGGGAGGAACGCCUGUGUGUCUUCCGAGCCUGUGAGGUCUUUCUCCUGUCAUCAGAGUGCAUUACACUCGCUAGAUCGGAAUGUCAGUUUUACUAAAUUUUAUAGAAGUAUUUUCUAAAUGUAAAAUAUCUUUAGUUUGAAAAUAUUGUAAUCUUUGUAACACUGGCUAACGUAGCUUUACAACUGUCCAUUUCGAUACUCUGUGUGAGCGAACAAAAGGGCACGGUGGGAUUUGGUAGCCGGAGGUUUAGCUAUUGAUCAUGUAGCCCGUUCAGCUAAAGGCAUCAGUUGUCACAGCCUGCUAUGUGAUGCAUGGGUCAUUUUUCUAUUAGCGUGUGUACUGAGUUGGAUGGUCGACCGUAAGGAUACUACAGGUCUAUCUAUUCACGUACUAAGUAUUUCCCAUUAUUUCAUUUUAAUUUAUUUUCUCCAAUCUGAUAUGUAGCUCUUAACUUCAGCUCCGCGGUAUACUGAUUUUCCUGCGAGACGAGUAAGCAGCAAUUAUUUUUUUGUUUGGUUGUUUGGUUUGGUUUGUUGUUUAUUUUUUUUUUUUUAGGGAAGGCAGAUACCUGCUACACCAUCUGAUUUAACAUAUGUAAUUGGUCCAGCAGAUCUAUAUGCUCCCAUCAAGACAAUAGGCAGCACAACGUCUCUCCUUACACACGAGACGGGUUGUGCGUCCUAGCUUCUUGAGAACGUGCGUGUCGUAACAGUCAUGGUACUUUUUCUACCAUUGGAAUGCACUUCAGGACGUUCAGCCAUUUGGCCUGCUGGACUGGUUAACUGCUGGACUCUCGACUUCUCCAGGUUACACUGAGGUGCUAACAUGCUUAAUUUUAAUAAAGUAUAUUUUGUU